GUCAGGACAGGACACGAGACGCGACAAAAAUGCUGCGGACGAUCCGCCCAAGCGCGCGCUGCUAUCCCCGUGCGUCGGCGCGUCAAAGCUCGUCGCAAGCGCUUCUCACGCUCGGCCACGUGGACGCUCCUCUGCGCGUUCUCGUCGUCGGCGACGGCAACUUUUCCUACGCGCGGGCGCUGUCCCGCGCAACGACCGCCACGAUCCUCGCCACGUCCUUCGACACGAGAGAUGCACUCACAGCCAUGUACCCGACCGCGCCGGCCAACAUUGCAGCGAUGUCCUUGCCCCACGCCGUGCGCCACGGAAUUGAUGCGACGCAGUUGGAGCGCUAUGGUGACUUGCCCGGGCCAUUUGACCGCAUCGUCUUCAACUUCCCGCACUCGUAUGCCGCCGACGGUGGCCGGCACAACAAGAUCAGCGAGCACCGAAAGCUAUUGACGCAGUUCUUUCAAAGUGCCGCAAGCGUCCUCUCCCCUCGUGGGCAAAUCUGGGUCGCCCUCUGUGCCGGCCAAGGUGGCACGCCAGCCGAGACGGUCCAGCGCAAGCCUGGGGAUACGUGGCAAGUCGCGCAGUGCGCGGCGAGCGCGCAACUGCUGUUGACGGCUGUUGAACCGUUUCCUAUCCGCGACCUCCAGUUGCUAGGCUACGAAAGCGCCGGCUACCGCCUCGGCGCCAAGGGCUUCUACACCAACGGCAGCCUCGUCCAUAUCUUUUGCCGCGACGAUCAAGACGAUGUCCGCGCCGCGUUCCCACUGCAGUGGACGCGGGACAUGAGUUUUUGGACACAAAAUAGCGACUGGUCGUCGGCUAAGCACGGCGACGCACUGCACGAGCUGCUGCAACGCAUUUGGCGCGGGGCCAUCGAGGUGCGUGGCGUGCGCUGUGUCGACGAGUACACUUGCCCGACGACGCGACGCAAGUCGUUGUGCUUUCGCGUCGCAUUAGAGACGUACACGAAAGCGUAUAGUGACGCGGAUAUGGUAGCUCUCUUGGCGACGGCGGGGCGUGCCAUGGGCGAGGCCCAUCUCGGAGAGUAUCGUGCGCCAACUUCUUGAGAAACACUGAAUACAAUUAUGCCUAUCGUAC